AUGGCAGAUGCUUCUCUAGAAACACUUCCAGUUGAGCUCCUGAAUCAGAUCAGCAGUUAUUUAUCCUCCCUGCGCUGCGGAAAAUAUCCCUACAGCGUAAGCCAGAAGCACCUCUCCAGACUCAGUCGCACAUGUCGGCGGCUCCGUGAUGUCUGCCAACCGCUUCUAUUCGAGUACUAUUACCAUUCCUCCAAGUCCCUGACACCUCUUCUCUCAUUCCUCCGGACACUGGAUGCGCGCCCUGAUCUCGCAAAAUGCGUGACUAGUCUGGACUUCCAUGGGCAAGGCCAAGCGGAUACCCUCAGCGACGGAGAUCGACAGCUGGUGGAGAGCUGCAUCGCCAAGUUUGGUCUGCCCCCGUUGCCAGCCGACUGGCAAGACUGUCUGGGCGUGGAAAGACGCCUGCUCGCGGCUGAACUUGUGGUCGCGUCGUGUCCGAAUAUCGAGGUCCUCAAGCUGCCCAUGAACCCAGAAUGGAUGGUGAGCGUGCUCGACUCGCUGCCGAAGGACUUUGUCUUUGCGAAGUUGAGGAAGCUAGAUGUUUGGCUUUACUAUAUCAGCGGCGACCACUAUGGUAUCGGGUACCAGAAGAUUAGCGGGCUGUUGCAUGCGUCACCGAACCUGGAGCAUCUGUCUCUUCCCUCCAUUGAGACGUUUUAUCCCGGCGAGGCGGGAGUACCUAUCCUGGAGAAGGUGGGGCAACUCGAUCUCGGUGAGGGUGCGCCGUCGCCGUAUUUCCUCAAGUGUGCUUUAGAGGCGUGUCCGAAUCUCCAAAGGUUCGAGCUGCAUUGGAUUGAUUCGGACGGAUACGACCAAGACUCCGAAGAGUGGUCGCCUCUGGAUGGAUGGCGCGCCUUGCAACGCGUUCAAAGCUCUGUCCGCGAGAUCAUAUUCGAGACUAUCAUUGAGUUCCGGGACGAUGACAACCUUGAAGAUGGCGUUUCGACGCUGUGCGACUUUCCGCACUUGGAGAUCCUCAAAGUCAAUGGCAUCGCUCUGCAAGCUCUGUAUAAAGUCUGGACGCAUCAUAGCCGCCACGGAACUGUGGAGCAAUUCGUAUACCAGGUGUUUCCGUCUACGAUUAAGGAGCUUACUAUCUGGGAUCCCGAUGCGUCUUUAAUCGAGGCUGUCCGCUUUCUCGCUCGAGAGGCUGUUCGCGAGCAGUAUCCCCAUCUAGCGAGGAUAACGAUUUCUCGGUCCGGGCAUCUGUCGGGACACAGGUUUGAUGUGGCGCAAUGGGCCAGACGAGAAGCCACUGUCAGGCGCGAGUUUGAGCGUUCAAGCAUAGAGUUGUGCAUGGACCUGCCGUCAGUCCCAGAUUACCCAGAUUUCCCCUAUGUUUUUAGAUAG